CCAGUCAUUUCUACCUUUCCACAAAUUCCAAAUCAGCAGGGCAGAUCUGCAUUGGCUUUCUUUGAUUUUGCAAAGCUCCAUCCACCGUUUUUGAAAGGUGAGAAAACCAAUGCAAUCCAGAUAGUUUCCAGAUGGUCACAGCCCUGGGGCAGUGGAACAGGACAUGUGAAAUGUCUUCCUCACUUCUCCACAGACAUCACAUCUUUUGUCUUGCAUAAUGCCUCUAGAUGCCAGAUUGACUCUAGUAUCACAGGAUUUAGAGUUGGUCAUUUGUUUGAUCUUAUUUUCGGGAGGGCAUCAUGUACAAAUGCAGAUAAAAUUCAUCAUGAAGAUUUUUUAACAAGGGAAGCUUCCUGUGAGCCGAAUGUGAUCGAGAGUCCUCUUGAGACCAUACUUGAGCACUGCCUUAUUCCCUUCUCUGAACCCAUCUCCAUAAGCAGCAGAAGAGUCCGAUUCUAUCUGGAUCCAGAUGAUGCUGAUGAUGAUGUUGAUGGUGAUGUUGAUGAUGAUGAUGAUGAUGAUGAUGUCAUUGAGGAUGAAGCAGACGAAGAAGAUGAUGAAGUAGAUGCCGUAUUACUACCAGAACCGGCUACAAUUUCAGAAUCCAACCACAUAUGGGCCAACACUUGGCAUAUGCCUUCUUCUACGUCUGGGCUAAGAUUUGGUAUUAAUAUAAAAUCAAGUGCAGCUACAAGUAGAAGAAGAAGAAAAAAAGUACCUGGGCAGACCUUUGCUCUUCGGACAGGCAAAGUCCUCUGGUCUCAGGCAUAUGACUUACGAAGUGUUUACAGACAUCGCAUUUCGGGUGGUGCAGGUCUUUGUAACAGGACUUAUGAAACGGGCGAUUAUCAGACAAGGAAAACUGAAAAAAGGGGAAAUUGUAAGAAGUCAGUUCAUGAAAUGACUUCGUUUAGCUCGAGAACUGUAAUAAAAAAUUCUUCAGUACCUAACUACCUCAUAAUCGGAUAUUGGGUGAUUGCAAGCAUGACAAAGAAAACACUCUGGAUGCCAAACAGCUCCCAUGCAACUCAAAUAUCUUCCAUGGCCGAUUUCACUAUGGCAACCAGCACACAUUCUAUAAAACCAGAGUGCAAUUGCUCGGUCAAGUUCUUCUUUGUCAAAAUCCGACACUCGAUCCUAUACCAGACAGGAUAUGAAAAAUUAAUA